AUGAACAAGACGCCACCUAAGUCUGCUCUUAAGCGACGACAAUCUCAUAUGCUGCCACCACCUGACCAAUACCAACAUUCCGAUCCUCUACUUCGUCGUCUCCGCUUGAUUGAUGGGCAUGGAAAGCCUGUAAACCUCAAGAAGGCAUUUCGAGAUACCAAGAUUGUUAUUUUCUAUUUUGGUAGCCAGUGGAAUGCCCGUGAAACAAAGGGAUGUCAAAAGUAUGUGACAUCUAUUUGCCGGAAAUACCCUCAUGAAGUGAAAACUGUGUACAUUAGUGUCGACGUCGAGGCACAGAACUUUGAAUUGGCUACGCGCAAUAAGCCAUGGUUUGCCAUGGUAUGGAACGAUGGCUCUUCCGAUGACCCUUCGCUGGAAAGCGAAAGCUCUUCGUCGACUGAGUCGUUCCUUUUAGCAGGUGAUACGGAUUUGGACAAGUCUGUGGUGCAGGAAGACACUGCAGGCACUUCGUACGUGCGUCCUUUCAGUCGCGUGUAUAUGGCCGACAAAUUCGAUGUCCUGAUGACGCCCACACUAGUCGUAUACCAUGUGCCGACGCAGCGUGUUCUCGAUAAACAUGUUCGUCUCUCACGCCUGCGAUCUUCUCGCGUUGAAGACACGAUGUCCGUUUGGCUCGAUGGCCGAGUUUCGCCGUCGAUGAAUGUGGUCGACAUGCUCUAUAUUGCUCCAUGGACAGUGGUGUUUGGCUUUAUUGCCCUUUUGUAUCUACUGCUUCUUGUCAUUGGCGGCGAUAAGUACAAUCUACAACGCAUCCUGGCUUCAUGGAACUAG